AUGGAUAAUAAGGCACGCUCAAAGCCUAUGAGAAACAUCUUGAAUAGGCUUCUUGCUCAUGAAGAAUUUGAGGCUGUAAUAUUUGGUGAUAAAGUAAUCUUGGAUGAAGACGUUGAGAAUUGGCCAAUUUGCGAUUUUUUUAUUUCAUUUUUCUCCACCGGUUUUCCCUUGGACAAAGCUAUCGAGUAUGUCAAAUUACGAAAGCCUUUUUGCGUAAACGAUUUGCCCAUGCAGAAAAUUUUAUGGGACAGACGUCUGGUUAUGAUGUUGCUUGAUGUUCUCGGCAUACCAACUCCGAAACGGUUAGUUGCUAGCAGAGAUGGUGGACCAAAAAUAGAUUCAGAUGUAAUAUCUCAAGUGCUAAAAAAUGUAGGCACCCAACUCAAACAGAUCUCAUGUCCUCCUGCUAAAGUUGAAAUGGUUGACUUUGAUACUAUCAGUGUUAACGGUCAAUUAUUACGAAAACCUUUUGUUGAAAAACCUAUUAGUGGAGAAGAUCAUAAUAUACACAUAUAUUAUUCUUCGGAGAUGGGUGGAGGCGGUCGUCGACUUUUUCGAAAGGUGGCCAACAAAUCAAGCGAGUUCGAUCCGCUUUUGCGGGAACCGCGUACCGAUGGUUCAUACAUUUACGAACAAUUUAUGGACGUCGAUAAUGCCGAAGACGUUAAGGUUUACACGAUUGGUCCUAAUUAUGCUCAUGCAGAGACACGAAAAUCACCGGUUGUCGACGGAUUGGUUCGACGCAAUAAUGACGGGAAGGAGGUUCGUUAUGUCACAACUCUCACACCCGAAGAGAAAGAGAUCGCGAGCGACAUUGCUCUGGCCUUUGGCCAAACUGUGUGCGGAUUUGAUUUACUUAGAGUUAACGGGCAAUCUUAUGUCAUCGAUGUAAAUGGUUGGUCUUUUGUAAAGGGUAAUGAUGAAUAUUAUAGUAAUUGCACACGUAUCCUAAGGACUAUGUUUCUGAACGCUGUUCGGAAGCGAAAAGUCAGUAUCGAUGCAAUACCCAACGAACUUCGUUUUGAAAAUUCUUGGCGUCUUAAGUCUUUUGUAUCGGUGUUUCGACACGCUGAUCGUACUCCAAAGCAAAAAAUGAAAUUUAAUUUUCGAAGCAAUCCAUUCGUUGAAUUACUGGAUGGUUCAACCGAAGAAGUUAUAUUGCGAAAGGAACAUGAAUUAAAAGAAGUUUCGAAUGCAGUAGAUAAGGCCAUACAAUUACGAUGUGAGGAUUUGGGGAAAUUGAAUCAACUCAAGACAGUAUUACAAAUGAAAGGUGAUCUUCCUGGAACAAAAGUACAAAUAAAACCCUCUUAUCUCAAUGGACAGUUUGUAAAACUUCAACUCAUUACUAAGUGGGGCGGUGAGUUCACACAUUCGGCUCGAUAUCAGUCGCGAGAUUUGGGAGAAAAUUUACGGAAAGAUUUAUUGAUAUUAAACAGGGAUGUUUUUAACGACAUUAAAACGUACACGAGUUCAGAACGGCGAGUUACUGCAACCGCUGAAAUAUUCGUCCGAUCAUUUUUGGACAUCAACGAUAUUCCGGAAGAUAUUAUUGAGACUCGCAAGGAGAUGUUGGAUGAUAGUAAUUCAGCUAAGGAACAAAUGGACAUCGUGAAGAGUCAGUUGUGCAAUCUUUUGAAACCCGGAGAGGCGUCUAAAAUGGACAUCGCAUGGCCAAGCGACAGACCUGAACCGCAUAUAAUGAUUCAAGAGGUUAUAGAUAUGAUGAAAAGUCUUCGUCAAAUAAUGCAGGAAAACUUUGAGUGCAUGGAACAUGAAAACAUUCAAUUGCGUUGGUGUUGCUCCGAGAAUCCAUUGCUUUUCCGAGAACGUUGGGAGAAAUUAUUCAAGGACUUCUGCGACGUCGAUCGUCAAAAACUUGAUGCAAGCAAAGUUUCCGAGCUUUACGAUUCGAUCAAGUACGAUUCGUUGCAUAAUCGACAAUUUUUGGAAACAAUUUUUACUGCCCGAAGCGGACGUAAUAAAUUCAUGAUCAAAGAAUUAUAUCAGCACGCCAAGGUUUUAUUCGAUUUUGUGGCCCCGCAAGAAAAUCUCACCGAUCAUUUACCUCUUGAUGAAGCGCUUUCGUAUUAUAAAAGCAAGGUAGCUAAUCCCCAAUCAGGCGCCGAGGAGAAUCUGGCGAUCAACGGUCUGUCACCCAUUUUAAAUGGAUUCCAACUUAGCAGGUCUAUUUGA